GUGACUAAUGUUUUGACGGCAAACAUUUUUAGUUUGUUUUGAUUUUUUGCAAGAAAAAAGAUUAUAAAUAAAGAAAUAUUAAAUAAUUUAAGAAAACAAUCAACUACAAUGUCUACCACCAAUAAUGAAGAUAAUAAAUACAACGAAACAGAUAAGGCACAAAGCAGCAAUAACACCGAAGAUGCCAAUAAAACAGAACCGGCUUCCUACAAUCCCACUUUGGUAGAAAAUGAUUGCGAGGAAAAUGAUUUGGAACGCUUGAAAGGUGAUGCUAUUGGUGAUACCCUGUACAGUGAACGUUUUGUCUUGAAUACUCUACUAAAACUGGGACAACUUGAAAAGGAUUUGCAAGAAGAGGAUGAAGUUGAAAGGGAUUUGUGUUCUCUGUGGGAUAUGACUCUGGAGGAAGAUGUAGUCAAGUAUUUGUUAAAACAUGAUGUUUUAGAACUUUUUGCCAAUAUAAUUAAAGCCACCGAUGAUAAGCGUUUAACCGAAAUAUUGGUAGGCAUACUGGGGAAUAUGUGUAAUGUGCAGCAAACGAGAAAUCUUUUGACUGAAAAGAAAGAAGUAAUUGAAACACUAUUAGAUCUAUCCAACUGCAUGGACUCUUUGACACUGGAACAGUUAAUGCGACUUUUAGCGGUAGUUUUUGUUAAAAUGUCAGAGGAUCAAAUAGAAAAAUGGUAUAAUCUAAUCUUGAAAUCGGACAAAUUUGUGGAAAAUCUUUGCUUUAUUUUAAAUAAUGCAGCCAAUAAUUCUCUUAUUUUACAAACUAUGGAAACACUUAAUGCUAUAUUGGCAAAAUUUUUUGUUCUCAAGCUAUCACUGGCCACCGAGAAUGGCAAGAGUUUAGAUGAAAUAAGCAAAACAAGUUUUGAGGAAUUGUUUGUGCAGCCAGAAAUGAUCGAGUGUAGCAUAGAGGCUUUUAAGACUUUGGUAAAAGAGACUGCUGACAAACAGGAUUCCUAUGAUGCAACCGAAAUCCCUGAAAGUAUACACAAAGCCAAGCAAACAUUCUGUAAUAUACACAGUAUAUUAACACAAUACCAACAGCUAUCUAGAGAUGCUUACGAAACUAGUAAUGAUGAAAUAAUAAAAUGUUUCAAAGAUAUUUUAAGACCUAUGGCUGAAGACGAUAGCAUAACUAGUUGGCAGCAAUAUGAACAAGAUGUUUUGGAAACAUUAAAUGAUGUAUUGAGAGUUUUACCCCAACCCUUAGAUUUGGACAUUUUUAGCUAUUUACUUAAACUCUUUUAUCAUGUGGAUAAAGAGCAAGAAAAACAGUUGCAAAAAACUGCUGCUGCUAGUAAUGAUUUUGAAUCUGACGAUGAUGAUGAUGAUAAUGAAAUUGAUCAUCAAAUUUCUUACACCAUUAUAUUAAAUACUUUAUAUUAUUUACUUUUAAAAGCUGACAAAGAUUUACUUAAACAAUAUGUUGCUGCCUGUCCCCGUAUAUAUAGUGUUAAGUUAUUAGAAUCAUUUGAACAGCCACUGGAAACAGAUUAUAUGAAAAAUUGUUAUGGCAAGUUAAAAGAAGCUCUGGAAUAAUAAUAAAAUGCAGGCAGUAAAAUUAUUUAUAAAAAAAAAUAAACAGUAAUAAUAGAUUACCUUUUAGUAGUUCAUCCAUUAGAAUGGAUUUAUGUAAACAUUGAAAA